AUGGCGAUCAAGCACAACAACAUCAUCCCAAACACCCACUUUCACAAGGACUGGCAACGUCGUGUCCGCGUGCACUUCGACCAGCCCGGCCGUAAGCACCGUCGUCGUCAGGCUCGUUUGUCAAAGGCCGCUGCUGUUGCUCCUCGCCCGGUCGAUAAGCUGCGCCCUGUUGUGCGUGCCCCAACUAUCAAGUACAACCGUCGCGUCAGGGCUGGACGUGGCUUCACACUUCAGGAGCUCAAGGAAGCUGGCAUCCCCAGCAAACUCGCUCCCACCAUCGGCAUUGCCGUCGACCACCGCCGCAAGAAUGUUUCCCAGGAGUCUCUGGCCGCCAACGUCGCGCGUCUCCAGGAGUACAAGAGCCGCCUGAUCCUGUUCCCACGCAAGAGCGGCCAAUACAAGAAACUCGACUCGUCCGCCGACGACGUUACUGCUGCCAAGAAGGCCUUUGGCGCCGAGGGCAAGGUUGAGGGAUACGCCACCAAGAUCCGCUCCGUUGCACCCAUCAAGAACAUCUCUGCCGCCGAGGCCGUCACCGAGAUCAGCCGCUCCGACCUGCCCGAAGGCGAGAAGGCUGCGUUCCGCAGGCUACGUGAGGCCCGCAGCGAGGCUCGCUAUCUCGGCAUCCGUGAGAAGAGAGCCAAGGCGAAGGCUGAUGAGGCCGAGGCUGCUAAGAAAUAG